ACCCAUAUACAGUAACUAGUGUGUUCAGUUGGAUGGAGGCAUGAGCCGAUGUCUGUUCGGUGGCUGCUCUCACUUCUACUUGCCACGUGGACGCUUCUCUCGAUAGCACGACUUGUAUUCGAUUUGAUUGGAAAUCUUUGGGUCGUUGUCGUUUUUGAUUUUGUGCAGAUUGUCUUGCUGAUCUCGGGUUUAUUCGGUGCUACUCAAAAACGACGUCCACUUCUUUACACUCUCCUCUCAUCAAAUGCUCUUUCCGUUACAAUCAAUGUGCUCAUUUUCCUAUGGUAUAUCGGAGUCUUCGGAGAAAUUUCAAGACCAUAUCUUUCGGCUGGACUACCGUACUCUUCUUCGUUUUUCUUAAGAUUCACACCAUAUUGUGAUGCCGAGUUUGAUGUGAUAAGAAAGAAAUGGGUUCAAAAACAGUGUCUCAUUCCAUUCUACUCAGUCGAAGCAUCUCAAGCAAUUCUUCAUAUUAUUUUUGCAAUCGUAACUUCAAUUUUCUCGAUCUUAGUGAUUGUGGAACUUCGAAAGAAACCAAUAAGAUCAAAUUCCCAAUCAAUUAACCAUUAUGCUCAAAUAUGUGCAUCAAAAGUUGCCAAAGCUCCAAGUUCCACGAAUAAUUCUAGCAGUGGAUACCUCAAUUCACAAUAUGACGACUUAGGAUCUUCGAGAGAAAAAGUGAAAGUGACAGAGAAAAAAGAAGUCAAAGGACAAUUCGAGAGAAAUUCAAAGAAGAAGAAAAAGAAUCCACGUCCAGAAAUGCCAGCUCCAGAUUGUGCUCCGUGUUCUUCAAAUAGAUCAUCAGAAGAAGAAAGUAAUUUGGAGGAUGUGUACACACAGCCAAUUAAAAAGAAAAUUAUGCCGUUGAGAAGACCUGACCUAGAAGAAGAAAAUCGUGGAACUAAUGUCACAUCAUUAGUCAGCUUCGACCCAAAAAGUGCGACUCUUUUGCGAAUACGUCAGCAUUUGGAGGCAGAGCCAUCUGAUAGAGAUACGCCAGACUACGAUAUGUACGAACGACUCCGAUCAAGAUCUUCUGGACACUCUGAAGUUGCACCGGCUUCUACUAUCCCUUUGAGUUCUGACUAUAAAUCAAGAAAUGCUUCUCAAGAUUCGGUUCCUUCAAUGUUUGCUCCGAUGCUCAACUCUCCAGCCCCAUCUUCUACAACUUCUGGAUCUUCUUCUAGAACAUCUGGAGCUUCGUUGGCACACAAAACUCACAUUGUUGGGAAAGGUGGAAUUUCGUUAUCAACUGUUGAUCCAUCCCCGAUUCUUUCUCCAGGAAUACGGUUAUCGGAGCAACUAGGAGCCAAGAAUCAGUCUUAUAAAAGUGCAUUCAGGGUCCAGAAAACUGAAAAUGCUCGUGUUAUAAGUCACUAUCACGCUCCCAACGAAAUUCCACUUUCCAGUGAUCCAUCGGUUGUUGAGAAUGAAUCUAACUAUCCCGUGAUGACUAGUGGUGGACUUCUUGUUUAAUUUUGACUCAAAUCUCAUGUCUUGCCGUCUUUUUCUAGGCACUAUAUACGGGUUUAUUCUUUCUUUUUUGUAUUCUUUCUGCUUUUUUUAAAAUAAAUGUUUAAAUAAUUG